UAAACUUGAGCAAUUCAUACAUAGACGAAAUGUAUCGCUAGGGUUUUCUUCUUCUUCAAUUUGUGCCUCCACUCCACAGGUGAAAGAAAAGCUCGGAUCUCUUCAACAAUGGCGGAACAGACGGAGAAGGCGUUUUUGAAGCAACCUAAGGUGUUUUUAUGCUCGAAGAAGAGUGGAAAAGGGAAGAGGCCUGGGAAAGGUGGAAACAGAUUCUGGAAGAAUAUUGGUCUUGGAUUUAAGACACCUAGAGAGGCUAUUGAAGGAACUUAUAUCGACAAGAAAUGCCCUUUCACUGGUGAUGUAUCCAUCAGAGGACGUAUUCUUGCUGGUACAUGCCACAGUGCAAAAAUGGUUAGGACCAUUAUUGUUCGCCGGGACUACCUCCAUUAUGUCAAGAAGUAUCAAAGGUACGAGAAGAGGCACUCGAACAUUCCAGCACACAUUUCUCCAUGUUUUCGUGUGAAAGAAGGUGACCAUGUCACCGUUGGACAGUGCAGACCACUGUCCAAGACCGUGAGGUUCAACGUGUUGAAGGUGAUCCCAGCUGGAUCUGCCAGUGGAGGGAAGAAGGCGUUUACAGGCAUAUAAGAAAAGCUUAUCUUUCCUGUUUUGUUAGGUUUUGCAAAAACAGUAAACAUUGAUUUGCAGAUUUUGAAUUGAAAUGUGGUUUGGUUAUGUUGAAGAUUUAUGUAGACUCUAGUCUUCUUUUACCUAAGACAUGAUAAUUUACCAUUUUGUGCUAUGCAACAUGUGUUGGUGAA